ACAGGCUUGUGAUUUCUAUUACAGGAUUUGGAUUCUAAGGCUACAAGAUGAAGGAAUGUGUGCUUUUCUACUUCCUGGCUCUGUGCUCCGCCAAGCCAUUUAUAUUACCUCCAAAGUACAUGGCACUAACUGACCUCAUGCUGAAUGACAUGGAUGAUGACGACGAUGAUGAUGAUGGAGAUGACGACGACAAAAACUCACUAUUUCCAUUUAAAAGGAACAUACCUUUCCGGCCCACCCCACCUCCGUUUGACAUGCACCCAAUAUGUCCCUUUGGAUGCCAGUGUUACCUAAAAGUGGUGCAGUGCUCUGACCUUGGUUUGGCAUCCAUACCUGCCAAAAUUCCUUAUGACACAAGAUUAUUAGAUCUUCAGAACAACAAAAUAAAAGAGAUUAAGGAAAAGGAUCUACAAGGUCUCACAGCCCUUUCGGCUUUGUUUCUCAACAACAAUAAGCUAUACAAAGUUCACCCAAAAGCCUUCCAGUCAACAAACAAGUUACGAAGACUCUACCUGUCCCACAAUCAGCUCACAGAAAUUCCAUCUAACCUUCCAAAAUCAUUGGCAGAGCUGAGAAUUCACGACAACAAAGUUAAAAAAGUACAAAAGGACUCCUUCAAAGGCAUGGGGGCCUUACACGUUUUAGAAAUGAGUGCAAAUCCACUUGAAAAUGAAGGGAUAGAACCAGGAGCAUUUGAAGGACUGACAGUCUUCCACGUUAGGAUGGCAGAAGCCAAGCUGACAUCCAUCCCUAAAGGUCUACCACCAUCAAUCUACGAGCUUCAUCUUGACCACAACAAAAUUUCAUCUAUAGAGCUUGAAGACUUUAUACGCUACAAAGAACUGCAGAGGCUUGGUUUAGGUCAUAACAAAAUUAAAGACGUAGAAAACGGAAGUCUUGCCAAUAUACCGAAAAUAAGAGAAAUUCACUUAGAAAAUAACAAGCUGAAAAAGGUUCCACCUGGAAUUUCUGACCUGAAGUACUUGCAGGUCUUGUUCCUUCACUCUAAUAAUAUUGCAAAAGUGGAUGUGAAUGACCUCUGCCCCGUACCACCCAAGAUGAAGAAGUCACUCUAUAGUGGAAUAAGCCUUUUUGGGAACCCUGUAAAAUAUUGGGAAGUUCAACCAGCAACCUUUCGCUGCAUCCUGGGCAGGAACAGUGUGCAAAUGGGGAACUUCCGAAAGUAAAAUCAAGCACGCUGGGCUGCUCCGAGCUUAAGGAACAAGCGAUCAAUGGAAAAGGACUGUGCCGUAGUUUUAUAUUUUCAGUUAUUAUGUCUGACGAACAGAAAUCUUAACGGGCUAACUAUGUUUACAGACUAAUUGCAUGAAAUCUAUCUAUUUUAGUAAUAAAUACUUGAAACUUG